GAAGAGACGAUAGAAAGUGGAAGUUUUUGCCCUUUUUUCCUCAAGUCCAACAAAGCGGCUGCUGCUGUUGUCAUAAUCUAGAAGAGGAGGACCCCCCAACCCCCCAUAGGACGAACAGUCUUGGAACCACAGACGGUGCAACAGGACUCCAUCAGACCGGUACCAACCAACCACUAGACCACACAACAAGUCGCUGUACAGCAGUAUGCCUGUAUGUUUGCCAGCAGCAUAAGAAGAAGCAUUAUGGAAGUGAAAGAGAGACGUCCAUACUGCUCCCUAACAAAGAGCCGGAAGGACAAAGAGGGGCCAUACAGUGGGGACAGUGAAGGCUGUGCUAUUGGUUCCCAGGGACUCCGGGUCCCCACCCAGAAGUCCUAUUCCUCCAGUGAAACACUGAAGGCUUUUGACCAGCACCAAGACCAGACCAGGUUACUGUACGGAACAACCAAGGGACACAAGGACAUGGUUCACCAUGAAAAGGAUGAUUUUAACAGACAAGGUCAACACUUCAGUCUUCGUCAGCUGGGGAUCUGUGAGCCACCGUCUCGUCGCGGCCUGCCUUUCUGCCCUGAAAUGCCUCCACCCCACCGUGGUUUCUCAGUUGGUACAGCUCAGGAGCUAGACACUGAUAGUCAGGCAGUCAUGUCCCCAGAGCAUGCUAUGCAUCUGUGGGGCCGCGGAGGUCUGGGUAAAUCAUCCGGGAGGAGUUCCUGCCUGUCGAGCCGCUCCAACUCAGUGCUGACUCUAACUGACACUGAGCACGAGAACAAAUCGGACAGCGACAAUGAGCAACCGUCCAAUCAUCACAACUCCAGCCUUCCUCCGGUACCACCGCCUCAUCGCCAACAACCCUCAGUAACAGCUCUUAGUCAAGCCCUGAGCGCCACACAUCACACUGGCCAAUCCCUGAACUCCACAAGGCAGCUAACCCCUCCUACUGGAAGCCCGGCCCUG